CCCCUUCGGCGGUUUGCUUCCAUUCCUUUAAGCAACUGUCAAACAACUCUCUUUUCUCACACAUCCUGGGGAUGACACAUUAGGGACACGGCAUUAUCCAACUUUUAGCCUGUGUUUCCGGAUUUAUCUUUUUGAUACCGACAUCAAAACAAAACAUUUGCAGAAAAGAAACAUCAACUAGACCAAAAAAACAACAUUAGAGCUUGGCUUAGCCCGGCAUGGAGGUCGUCAUACCACCAAGAGAUCAUGGCGCGUCAACAUAUAGGUACGAGUGGGAUGAAAACGGGGCAGUGACAAAUAUCUCGAGGGUGGCAUCAGAGGAGAGGACAGGAAGCAGCGGGCUCAGGAGUAGGGCCGGAAGCAGCAGCCAGAACAGCCACAAGAAGACUCACAACCAUGGGAGGAGUAGAGGGGCCAGGCAGACGGUGCAGUGGCCGUUCCAGAGCAGCGCCACCAUCACGACGACAAACAUGACCGAGACGACGACGCCGAUAAGCCCCGUCGUGCCCAUGUCGGCCUUCCACGACUUGCGCCGGGCGACGUGGCAAAUCCCGGGCAACCGCAUCAGGGACAGCCAGUACACGGUGGACCCGACCAUCGUGCCCGACUACGUCGCCAACUUCAUCCGCGGCGAGACCCCCGAGACCCUGGCGCGCAAAAAGAACGACAGCCGCCUGGCGGAGCGCGACGUCGGUGUCGUGUCGGGCGCGGGCGCGGGCGACAACCGCAACCUGCGGUCAAGGGCGGCCGCCUUUGACGGUUUCCCGGACCUCGACGUCGGCGACGGCAUGCACAGCUUCAACUCUAACUCGCGCCUGGUCGACGGCAGCGGCAACGGCGGACUCGAGGCCGGCACGGGCGGGUCGUCGAGGAGGCGGGGCGGCUGCCUGGGCAGGUUCACCAACGGCGGGUGGCGGUCGGGCGUCGAGCUGAACGCGCUGCUGGCGCUGCUCAUCUUCGUCGUGGGGCUGGUGUGCCUGGUCUGGGCCGUGGCCUCGUCCAAGAUGCUGUUGGGCGGCGGCGGCGACGCCACCGUCUUCGCGGGCUCGUGCGAGGCUGCGUCGCGCGUCAGCUGGGGCCUGCACGCCCUCGUCAACGUGCUCGGCCUGGCGGUCCUCGCGGGCGCCAACUACGUCUACCAGGUCCUGUCGAGCCCCGACCGGGCCGAGGUCGACGCCGCCCACGCCAAGACCAAGUGGCUGGACAUUGGCAUCCCGUCGCUGCGCAACCUCGCGCACAUCUCGACGCUGCGUGUCCUUGUCGCCCUAGUCCUUGUCUUGACGGCCGUUCUGACGCAGAUAAUCUAUAAUGCCGUAAUCUUCACCUCGCAGACGGGUGUCGGAUACAACCUCGUCGUCGUCAGCCAGCCGUUCCUGAGCGGAGCCCAGUUCAGCAACGCCUCCUCCAACAACGACGGCGGCCUCAGCCGCGUCGAGAUCUUGGCGCUCCAGGACCAGGCCAGCCGCAACCAGCUGGUCCGCAUGUCGACGCCCGACUGCCUCGGUCGCUUCGCCGGGAGCCUCGAGCCCGAGUUCCGCGCCGUCGUCAUGGUCACGGGCCAGGGGUCGGCUGACAGCUCGCUCGUCCAGACCAGGAGCCCGACGCCGGGCGGCAGCAACCCGGACGCGCGCAGCGUGUCCCCCAACGCCGCCGGCGACGUGCAGUUCUGCCUCGCGCAGCGCCGGGCCGCCGGCGAGCACGCGUGCAGGGUGGACCUAAACGGGUCCCUGCUGGGCGUCGUGGCGCUGCUCAACCUCAUCACCGUCAUCUUCACCGUGCUCGCCUUCCUCAAGACGGCCGACUUCCGGCCCCUGGCCACGCUCGGCGACGCCGUCUCGUCCUUCCUCCGCGACCCGGACGCCACGACGACCGACGCCUGCCUUAUGACCAAGACGGACGUCUGGCAGCACCGCUGGGGGCUCCGCGAGGCAAAGUACUGGGUCCCCGCGACGCACUACUGGUUCCAGAGCGCCAGCCUCCCGCGCUGGGCCUUUGUCGCCGUCGUCUGGGCCGGCCUCGCGGGCGCCUCGGCGGCGGCGCUGGGCAUCGGCCUGCGCAACGCGCCCGUCGAGUCGGCCCUGUCGACGCUCGGCAGCGCCGCCCCGACGGCCGUGUACGCGCUCCCGGCCUCGAUCCCGGCCUCGGCGGCCGCGCUCGUGGCGGCGGUGCCGCAGCUGCUCCUGGGCGUGCUCUACCUCGCCGUCAACGCGCUCCUUACCACCAUGUACCUGAGCCACGAGUCGUCGCUGCACGCGCUCGCCGAGCCGCGGCCCCUGCGCGUCUCGUCGGCGCCCCGCGGCGCCCAGACCACCAGCUUCUACCUGACGCUGCCGCGCCCGGCCUCGUGGGUGCUCGCCGCCCUGUUUGCCGGCAUGGGCUUCGUGCUCAGCCAGAGCGUCUUUGUCGUGGCCGGCGCCACCGCCACGGGCGGCAACAACGCCAGCCUCCCCGACGUGGUGGCCCUGGGCUUCAGCGGCACGGGCCUCCUGGCCCUGCUCGCCGCGCUCGUGGUGCUGGCGGCCGGCGCCCUCGGGCUCGGCCUCCGCCGCGCCCCCGCGGCCGUCAUGGUCAACGGGCAGGCGCUGGGCAACCCGCUGGUCCUGGACGCGGGCUCGUGCAGCGCCGUCGUGAGCGCGCGCUGCCAGCCGCUCCGCGACGUCGAGGGCGAGGCUGGUGGCGUCGGCGACGAGGACGCCGACCUCGACGAGCGCCCGCUCUGCUGGGGCGUCGUGCGCCAGACGGCCGGCAUGGUCGUCAGCCACUGCACCUACUCGGCCCGCGGGGUCGAGAGGCUUGACAUGUCGAGGGCCUACGCCUGAGUUCUUUCUUCUCUUGGUCUUGUUUUCUUUUUCUGCAUUAUACAUCGCACAGCGCGCAUACCUACCUGCUACAUUCGACCUGAUCCGGACUCGGGACUUUUAUCCCCCGGCAUCACAUCUUGCCCAUUCGUUUCUUACCUCUUCGCUUCUUGUCACUUCCUUUUUUUGAACACUUCACUUCUUACAACCCCCAUAUAUAUAACAACACAACCCUCCCCCACGGGGAGGCAUUGUCUUAUUUUUUAAAAAGCCCCGCACGAGAUGCGAAUCGGUGGGCGAUCAACAACUUUUUUUAGGGUUGGCAGGUUCCGAAAGGCAAAUUUUUUUAUCUUUUGGAGGGGGUGCGGGAGUAAAACACCCCCCUUCUUCAUGAAGGGAUCUGAUCUGGUGGUGGUUGGUUGGUUUGGUUUUCUUAGGACGGGGUUGGUGGCGGCGGCGGCGGCGGCGGAUGAUGUCGCGAUUUCCUUGAGUCGUGGGAAAUGGAAAGGAGAGAAGGCGAGAGCAAAAAGGCGUUGAUUAUACCCUGGAUGGCGGACUUUCCUUGCUGCGAAUCCUCCAUGGAAAUCUAUUUUCCUUUUUUGUUCAUUGUCUUUUUGGGCGGCCGUCUGUUGGCCUUCUUUUUGGGCGGCGGAUCAGCUGAACAAUUUCCAAACAAUACAAAAUCAUCAACCA